GUUCAGAGUGCGGCAAGAUGGCGCCGUCCAAGCUUCAGCUUUGAGAGCUGGGGAGUCGGAGAGUGGUGAAGGCAUAAAAUUGGAAGAGGAAAAUCAUGGUACAUCUUUCUCCGGCAUUGCUGAAAUACUACCACCGAGGGUUCGUGUGCAUCCGCCUGGCUCUGGGCGGAUGCACCAAUCGCCCGUUUUACAAGAUCGUGGCUGCGCACAACAAGCGGGCCCGAGAUGGCAAGUACCUGGAGCAGCUGGGCUCGUACGACCCCAUGCCCAAUGUCUUCAAUGAGAAGCUGAUCAGUUUGAAUUUGGACAGGAUCAAGUAUUGGCUGGGCUGUGGCGCACAAAUGACGAAGCCAGUCGCCAAGCUGCUAGGCCUGUCUGGCUUUUUCCCUCUGCACCCCAUGACAGUGACCAACGCAGAAAGAUUCCACCGGGCACAAGCACUGAAGGCAGAGGCUGCAUCGGAAGAAGAGGCUGCGAAUGCUGCGGAGGAUGAGCAACCAGCUGCCUAGGGGCUGGGGUCAGCAGUUGUCUCCUGCAGAUGGACAGUUACAGUCAGCUGUGUUUAACGGAGUGUUGUCUGCAACAAAAUGAUGAGAUAUCCCUUUGAAUUCAACCUGUAUCUGUAGAAGCAAGUAGUGUUGUCAUAGGGUUGUUCCCAGUGGACUAAGAAUUGCACAUUAAAGCCAGUGUCUUUUAAUAUUGUGUAUCUCCCAGUAUUUCAUUAGAAUAUUAUGAUGGCUCAGAAUGCCCAGACACAGUGCAAGAUGGGAUGGCAUGUCGUAUUUAUAUCGUAACAGUUGGCUGUUUAUUUCAGUUCAUCUGAGCACAGUGGAACCCUUUUCAACUCAAAUGUUACCUAAUUGAAGCGGUUGUUCUUUCAAAUUUUAACUCUACUUCCAGUUUCUGCUGGUAUCAGGGGAUUGUUCUGGGUAAUUUCGAAUGACAUAAUUUUGCCGUGCAGAAAUAUGCUCUUGGCACAGGAGGUCAAGACACAAACUGCUGGAGGAGCUCAACAUGUCAGGCAGCAUCUACGGAAAUGAAUAAACUGUUGACAUUUCGAUCCAAGACCCUUCAGCAAGACUGGAAAGGAAGGGGGAAGAUGCCAGAAUAAGAAGGUGGGAGGUGGGGAAGGAGGACAACUUAGAAGGUGACUGGGAGGUGUUGGAUUCUAACAUUUUAAUCCAAGCUUCCUUUAGAAGUCAAGAAAAAUGCACAAAACUUGUUUCACGGUCAUAUUUGUUAAGAGUUGAUAGAACAGAGGGAAGUUAGACAGUGUUAGGGGUUAACUAGUGAAGAGAAAGCUAAGAUUAAAGACUAAGAAGAUUACGAUGACACUGCUUUGUGUUUAGCUAUUUUAUACCCAAAAAGAGAAAGAAAAUUUCAUUCAAAAUUAUAGAUAAGAAUUAACCUAUGAGAGAGUGCUUAUUCUAUACUGCAGUACCAAGUUAACAUUGAUUCUAAAUUACACAUAUAGAAUCAUUACAUCUGAAAUAAAAGAGACAGAGAAACUUAUGGUACCUAUGUUACGUAUAAAAUAAUUAAAAUCUACUUAUGAAAUAUCAAAGGGUAUAUAUUCAUCUAAGUAUUGAUAUGUCAUGGUUAGGCAACUUAAUAGGCACAGUUAUGUGAGUUUGAAUUAUUCUAUCAAUGAUUACCUUGAGAUAAAUAAAAAUAUGUAAUUUAUGAUGAGGCAUAUUAGUAUGAAUAUUAAUAUAGUCAGUAGGCAAAAUUGGCAAAAUAUGACAACUGAUGUUAGAAUUAACUUCAUAAUGUUCAGUAGUUGUCGACUUGCUUGAAGUUUUCUAGCUGGUUAGUGAUCUACUCACUGUAGCCAACAGUGUAGGUACUGUGGCCAAGGGGUUACUAACACUUGCUGUCCUUGUCGGGUACCACAUUGGCUCGCUUGCAGUGGCUGGUGUGUAUCCAAUUACUUUUACAUUCUGCUUUCAGCGCUGAGUUGGUAACUUACAGCACUUGAUAAGGACCCUCACGUCCAGCUCCCAGUGGUUCCCUUUCUGGUUUCUUAAUCAGGACCCACUCACAAGGAAUCAGAGUGUGUUCUUCUGUUGAUCUUCCUAAGUAGCAGAAAUUCAUUGAGAAGCAGAUUGGAUAGCUUGGCUCAAUUUUACACAAUAUUUAACUAAACUGUCUGCUAUAAUGUAUAUCAGCCUCUCUGAGACUGAGGGCUCUUAGCACUGACAUAGCAUCUCGAAUGGACUUUGUUUUCUUGUUUGGGUUUGCUCUGAUGCUACAUAAGACCAUAUAAAGAACCGUAGGCCAUGAUACGCUGUGAUACUUAGUCAUUUGAUAGUUCCAUUCAUUUGUUCGACUGGCUCUGAUGACUGGGUGAUGUGGACAAUGAAAAGACUAUUCAAUAUUCAUCAGUAGACAUAAUUCUUGACAAACACUCACAGUGAAAUGUGUUCCUUGGUCAGAGUCAAUGUGUCAUGGCAAUCCCAUCUAGGAAUAUCGUCCUUGAUCAGAGUUUUGCUCUGUGUGUAGCAGUGGGUUUUCCUAACUGGAAUAGCUUCCAACCGUCUUGAAAACUUGUCCACGAUUACAAGUACAUCUGAGUAUUCUUGACACUUUGGUAAAGAAAUGUUGUCUACUUGUAAGUGUAAAAAUGGACCAGGUGGAUCAGGAGCGCUAAAUGGUGGUAACUUUUCCACUGCUCCAGGUUUCGUUUUCUGGCACGUCAUGCAAAUUUCAAAUGUUUGUCAAGGUUGUGCCCUGAACUUUGGAUUGGGAGAAUCUGUUGAUCAUCCUUUGCACUCUAAAAGUCCUAUGGAGUGUAUCAGCUCUGCCAGAUAAGGAAGCAACAUAGUUGGGCUACAGUCUAUGACUUUAAAUUCCCUCCAUUCUCUAGCCAGAACAACUUUUCCCAUGAAGAGCAUUGAGCUUGCAACUCUCAAAUAUUUUGUAUGUUCGCCUGUGAUCCAGAGUUAACUUUGUUUCUUAAUUCCAGUUGUCGGGUUCAUUGUAUAUGUUAUUGGUACUUUUUUUUUACUCUUUUCCUCUGCUACCCUUUUGGCAUUUUCAUCCGCGAAUGCAUUUCUAUGGCUUUCCAUUACAGUCAUUUAGCAGUGGCUUUUACAUUUUAAUGCAGUAACUUCUGAAGACAGUUGUAUAACAUUCAUGAGUUCUUGUACUAGUUGGCCAUUCUUGUUUGAGAUUCUUACUGCAGUAAGAAAUCCUUUUUGUCUCCAUAAGUUUCUAAAAUUAUGAACAACUCCAAAAACAUAGAAUCAGUGCAGAUAUUAGCUGAUCUUCCUUCUGACAACUUAUGGACUUCAAUCAGAGCUUUCGGUUCUGCCUGUUGCACAGAGCUUUAUUUUCACAAACAAACGCCCAUCCAGUUAUCCGAAUUCCUUUCUCAAUCGUUGAGGAGCCAUCAGUGCACAGGAUCAGGUCCGGGUCCGAUAAGGCCGUUUCUUUGUCAUAAUUUGUCUCUUCAUGGCAUGUUUUUGUUCUUACAGUCGUGGUCAUCGUAGUCUUCCAUGACCGACGGUAACAGUGUAGCUGAAUUCACUGGACUUGCUUGUUGAAUGAUGGUAUUAGGCGCCGCCAGAACAGCAUCACUGAGCAGCUGUUGCUUGAGAGGCCCUAUUCAUGAUCAAAGUGUGUACGAGUGUGGACAUCGAACAUUUAAAAUUUGAUCCAGCAUGAUGCUAGAAGCAGCCAUGACUGCCAGGUAGGUUGCCGGAACCGCUCACAAACACAGAUCCCAUCCUAAUUUAGUAGAGUAACAACCAGCAGGACGCUGUAGGUCUCUAUGUUCUUCAGUUAAGACUGCUGUCAAGUAGCCAUGUUUCUUGUUGACAUUCAGGGUAAAUGGUCUACCCUUAUCUGGGAUUCCUAAUGCAGGUGCGAUACACAACGCCACCAUUAAAUUUGAAAAGUUUCUUUUCCUUCAUUGAGAGUCACAGGGUCAUCUGAGAGCUUGCUGCCCCUCAGCAGAUUGAUGAUUGGUUGAGCAAUUUCAGCAUAUGAACUGACCUAUGUUCUGUUGUGGUUGCACGAACUCAGAAGUGACUGCAGUUGCUGAACAACUGGAAGCUCUUCAAGCUUUAAAGGCGACAAUGUGUACUGCAUGUGCAUUAGGAAUCCCUGAUUAAGGUAGACCAGAAUUCAUUGGCUAUAUCAACUGUAAGUCACUUGUGUGAUGGCUUCGGAGUAUCGAAAAGUCGUUGAUGGAUCUACCACUAAAAGGGGAUAGCUUGUCAAAACAUUGAUUAACAAUAGUUUCAUCUUCAGUCCUGUGUGUCUUCACUCCCUUAGUCUUUAUUGGAGCAAGCUGUCAUACAGCCGUCAAUCUUACUGUUUUAUUGCUGUCAUCCUCGAAUGAAUUGCCGUAGACUCCAUGUCAUGUCCAUCUAAUUCAGAUGGUGUGGCUGUAUUGGGAGACUGCCCAAUGUAGACUAAUUCUUUGGAGUUCAGAUAAUGUCAUUGUCUAGGAGGACUGUCCGAUGUAGACUGUAAUUCUCUGGAGUCUGGAUGGCGGGUUUGUCCCUGGAGACUGUUUGAUGUGAACCAUAAUUCCUCAGGCAGAGCUUCAGAAGUAGGUGUUUCCCAAGUCAGAGUAGGAGUAGUAGUGUCACUAGCAGGACUGCCCACUUGAAGUCAAUUCAGCGCUUUUCCAUUUUGUUUCAGUUUGCUUCUGAACUCUACAAUGUGCUUCAACUGAAUGACAGUGUUGUUCUUUUGCUCAUUUGGUUAAUGUAAAGAUUUGUUCUUUAGGCUUUUUACUUUCUCUAUUAUGCUGUUUUUGUAGUUUAUCACAAGUUUCAUGUUUCUGUUGAUUAAUAAAAGAUUUAUCCCGUUAACUCUUUCAGUCACUUACAUAGACUGACUAUACGGCUCUAUCACACAUUUUCCUGAUUUCUUGUUUCUCUCGUGUAUUUUCGGGAUCUUAAUAAACUUAAC